AUUAUCACCAGAAUCGGCGCAUCUUACAAUAGCCAGCCACUAUGUUCAUAUGCAAAUUGCCUAGUAUAACACUUGGGGGCGAUGAAGGUUUUACAAAUAAAUGGAUCUCUUUAGUUCACAAUGCUCUUUCCUGUAUCGUCACGCUUACGUCCAGUCGUUAAAAAUUCUACUCCUAGAUCCCAUACCUCUAGGUGAAGUCAAGGUGACUUUUCAGCCAGUUUAGACAUUCUUUCACCGAGCCUUCAGAAUCAAAAGACACUACCGCCAGAUUCUGACAUAAAUAUAAAAUAUGGACGAGGCGAUCGUGGCAGACUCUGGGCAUAAGCUCACAAGCCGCCUGUACAUGUGGUGCCAUUGUGAAAACAGUGUCUCGUCGCUUUUGGCGGGGGAUCCAAAGCUGACGCCUGAAGAAGCAUGGCGGGAGCUCUUUCGCGGUGAUGAUUCAAGAGGUAGCAAAGACGAAGUUGAAAAAACUACAUCAGAGUAUGACAGUGGGAGUGAAGCGCUGCAACAGGCGCGGAAGUGCGGCAAUUGGGGUUCUAAGGAGCCAAGCGACUUGUUUAUAAGACUCUAUCACGAUGCGUUGUGCACUCUCAAUGAUAAGCCAGAGUGUGGCGUUGUCAGUCCUCGACUGAUGGGCAGUAGCGGCAUAGUUCCCUUGACGAUUAUCUCUGUUGUUCCUGAUAUUGUUCGCCAUAUGUCGAAUUUGAUUAUAAGGGCUCAGGAGGAAGUCUUUCUUGCGACGAAUUUCUGGCAAAACGGCACUGCAUCCCGUUAUAUUACGAAUGCUAUCAGAGAGCUCUCGCGGCGUGCUCAGGCUAGAGGAACUCAUGUAAUCAUGAAAAUUCUUUAUGAUCGCGGUAACCCCAGACAAGUAUUUGACCCUCACUACAUCGUAUCUGACAGUGAGUACACGGGAGAUGCUGUGAACUUGCCGUCUAGAAAGGACAUACCAUAUGUCGAUUUGCAAGUGAUGAAUUACCAUCAGCCAGUACUGGGCACCUUCCAUGCUAAAUUUAUGAUCGUCGAUCGGAAGAUUGGUAUCAUACAGAGUAACAAUAUUCAGGACAACGACAACCUAGAGAUGAUGGUUCAGGUCGAAGGGCCGAUCGUGGACUCGUUAUAUGAUAUGGCUAUGAUUAGUUGGCACAAGUUGCUGGAGCCGCCACUCCCAUCUCUUCGCACGACUGCAGCAAACCAAAAGGAGGAGACGAGCUUUACUGCAGAUUAUGCCAAUAUCUUUUCUUCAUUCGGCUCCAUAAAGGGCCACUCUGCCGUCGUUGAUCCAUCGAAAAUGCCGCCGAGGAAGCCUUAUGGUGUAGAAGCUACCGCAGUCGACAACACAGCUCAAGCAGCAUCUACCCUCAACUCCAACAACGAAUUAGGAAGCCGAAGGGGCUCAGACAAUCAUGAAUUACUUGAAGAGCAUACAGCAGAAGAGCCACAUUAUGAUGCCAGUCUCACAGACGAGGUGUUACGUGUUCAGGGUGUCGUCUCUAGCAAGCCUGGCGAAAGCGCAAUGCAGGCCGUAUCAAGGCAUCUAAACCACACCCUAAACGUAGGGUAUCCAGGCAACGCGCCCGACUGUCAACCGGAGGAUGAGAUGACGCCUUACAUACCUCACACAGCCCAUGAACCAUUCCCCAUAGCAGUCGUAAAUCGUGCGCCAUAUGGGCAACCUAACCACAAGUCCAUUUCGAACCCGCAGAACGCAGCGUGGUUGUCGGGGUUGCGGAAUGCGCAACGAAACGUAUUCAUCCAAACUCCUAACCUAAAUGCUGCGCCUUUACUGCCGGCCAUUCUGGAAGCUUGUGAGAGGGGUAUAGAUGUGUAUUGCUACGUCUGUAUAGGAUAUAAUGAUGCGGGUGAAAUGCUCCCUAUGCAGGGAGGUCACAAUGACAAGAUCGUGCACGAGCUGUACACCAAACUCUCGUUUGCCGGGCGACAGCGCCUUCAUUGGUACUGGUAUGUAGCGAAAGACCAGACACGUCCAAUACCUGCGACACAGAAAAAGCGUAGCUGUCACAUCAAGUUGAUGAUUAUAGACGAGUGCGUUGGUAUCGUCGGGAGCGGGAACCAAGAUACACAGUCUUGGUUCCAGAGUCAAGAGGUCAACCUUAUGCUUGAUAGUCCCCAGAUUUGCCGCACGUGGAUCGAUGCUUUGAGGCGCAACCAGAACACAGGAAUAUAUGGUGCGGUUGACCGUGAAGACGGCAUCUGGAGGGAUGAACAGGGGAAUAGUGUCGAUGGCGCCACGGGUGUUGAUGCUGGACAUUUUAGCUGGCUGAAAGGGGCUGUUGGCGCAGUGAAAAGGUUACAGGGAACAGGAGGCUUCUAAAGCGAGUUUUCUCUUAUUCUAGGUAUUAUUAUAUAAGUCUUGGGUGUAUAGGUACAUGAAAUAUUACUUAGGGGUAUCGAACAUCGGAUGGGCCACGUCUACGUGCUCUCGAAUAUUUAGUUGAUUUGGUCGAACUUGAAGAGUGCCGUCAAAGAAGCCUACUCCAUUCUAACUACUAGAACAAUGAGUCAGCCGGAAGUUGAAUACAGAGAUACUGCCAACUGCGCUUCUUCCAAACAUUAGAUAAGUGACAGGUAGGAUCUCGAAUAAUUUCGGGUGCGCUUCAAAGGGCAGAGUUAAAAGAGCCAUCAGAGAAAAUCAGAAAAAGCCCCCAGUUUAGCUUCGAUUCUUGGUCGUGUU